CCGGCACCGCGCUCGGGGGAGGGACUAUAGUGGGAAGGGGACGCGCGCCUCGCGACCUGGCCUCUAGUCAUCGCCCUCGCCGCGGCGGCCAACACCUGCGCUCCUGCCACCCCUCCCAGACUGUGGACGGGAGGAUGGAGUCGAUGGCUGUCGCUACCGACGGCGGGGAGAGGCCGGGGGUCCCAGCGGGCUCAGGCCUGUCGGCCUCCCAGCGUCGAGCCGAGCUGCGUCGGAGGAAGCUGCUCAUGAACUCCGAACAGCGCAUCAACCGGAUCAUGGGCUUUCACAGGCCCGGGAGCGGCGCGGAAGAAGAAAGUCAAACAAAAUCAAAGCAGCAGGACAGUGAUAAACUGAACUCCCUCAGCGUUCCUUCAGUUUCAAAACGAGUAGUGCUGGGUGAUUCAGUCAGUACAGGAACAACUGACCAGCAGGGUGGUGUGGCCGAGGUAAAGGGGACCCAACUGGGAGACAAAUUGGACUCUUUCAUUAAACCACCUGAGUGCAGUAAUGAUGUCAACCUUGAGCUCCGGCAGCGGAACAGAGGGGACUUGACAGCGGACUCAGUCCAGAGGGGUGCCCGCCAUGGCCUAGAGCAGUACCUUUCCAGAUUCGAAGAAGCAAUGAAGCUAAGGAAACAGCUGAUUAGUGAAAAACCCAGUCAAGAGGAUGGAAGUACAACAGAAGAAUUUGACUCUUUUCGAAUAUUUAGAUUGGUGGGAUGUGCUCUUCUUGCUCUUGGAGUCAGAGCUUUUGUUUGCAAAUACUUGUCCAUAUUUGCUCCAUUUCUUACUUUGCAACUUGCGUACAUGGGAUUAUACAAAUAUUUUCCCAAGAGUGAAAAGAAGAUAAAGACAACAGUACUAACAGCUGCACUUUUAUUAUCGGGAAUUCCUGCUGAAGUGAUAAAUCGAUCAAUGGAUACCUAUAGCAAAAUGGGCGAAGUCUUCACAGAUCUCUGUGUCUACUUUUUCACCUUUAUCUUUUGUCAUGAACUGCUUGAUUAUUGGGGCUCUGAAGUACCAUGAAGCCUGCAGAACUGAGAAGGAGAAGCUUACAAAAAAAAAAAAAUCCUCUUUUAUAUUGCAGUGUCUCUAAAGGAGGCAAAUUAGUUUACACCUUCAUGUAAUUCUUUUACUUUAUUAGAAAUAGAAUGGCAGAUUCUCUGAUUUAAAAGGGCUGAGUUUGUAUUAUUACUGAUAUGAAGAACAGAGUACCAAUGUCAUUAAUUGAUUUUUCUUGUUUAAUCAGAAUCCUUAUUCUGUACCUUUCCUCUAACUUCUCAGAUUUGUAAUUCUUCUUUUGGGAGCUGAACUAGUGCUUUUAGGAGAACAGAUAAACGUAGUCUCAGCCAGCCCUAGAGACUGCUUCUUGUAUUUGUGUCAUUCUGUCCUCAGAAAUGAAGUCAUCUGAAAAAUAAAAUGAAAGAAACUGAAUUGUCUAAUGUUAA